AUGCCACCAUUGUACUCUCACAACCUGGAACCCGGGCGUGACUCGCUAGAACUCGCAUCUCUAGCCAGCUCAGACCCCGGGCCCGACACAGGCGACGACACCAGUUCCCGUCCGAGCAUAUCUUCGUCGCGAAAGCUCUCCCUCGAGCGAGAGGACCCCCUGGAUAACGGCAACUACGCUGCCUCGGGCCACCGUGUGCGCCCAGAGCGAUCGACGUCUGUCAAUUCUACAUUCAGCUUCGCCGCAAACCUCUUUCCUCUAUCGUCGACAACCGGAGGCGGAUAUGCUCCGUUGGGUGCGCCCACAGCAACGAGGGGUCAUGUCAAUGGCGGUUUGGGAGGAGGCUCGUUAGAGAAGCACAAAACUUUGACUUACCUAAAUGGUUUGUCCUUGAUUGUUGGUUUGAUUAUUGGCUCGGGCAUCUUUUCUUCGCCUAGUCAGGUCAACGCCAAUGCAGGGUCGCCUGGAGCCGCGAUUAUCGUAUGGGUUGUGGCGGGAAUUUUGGCAUGGACGGGCGCCGCAAGUUACGCAGAAUUGGGAGGUGCCAUACCAUUGAACGGAGGCCCGCAGGUGUAUCUAUCCAAGAUCUUUGGAGAACUGGCCGGAUUCCUGUUCACUUGGGUUGCGGUGCUGGUCCUGAAGCCUGGUAGCGCCGCCAUCAUCUCCAUCAUCAUGGGCGAGUACCUGGUGAGAACCUUCAUUGGCGCCGAAGCCGAGACCAUCAACCCCUGGAUCAGCAAGUCAGUCGCGCUGGUUGGACUCUUUCUGGUUACCUUUCUGAACUCGGUCUCGACCAAGCUCGGGACACGGAUGAACGAUAUGCUCAUGUUUCUCAAAUUUGUUGCAUUGCUUGGCGUUACCAUUGUUGGCAUUGUCGUUGCGGCGACUGGAUUCUCGUUUUCUGGGGCGGCAAAUCUCGACUGGAAGAAGCAUGACUGGUUUGAGGGCACCAAGAUGGAUGCGUCGGCUUUCGCGGUGGCCCUGUAUGCCGGUCUUUGGGCGUUUGAUGGGUGGGAUAACACCAAUUAUGUGGUUGGUGAAUUUCGCAACCCCGGUCGAGACCUUCCACGGGUCAUUCACACAGCCAUGCCCCUCGUCAUUUUGAGCUACAUCCUGGCCAAUGUUGCUUACUUCUUCGUCCUUCCCCUGGACACUAUCAACUCUACCAAUACCGUAGCCGUCAUUUUUGGCUCCAAAGUCUUUGGCCCCGUUGGCGCUGUAAUCCUCGCCCUCAUUGUCAGUGCCUCUUGCUUCGGCGCUCUCAACGCCUCCACCUUCACCAGCAGCCGCCUCGUCUACGUUGCCGGCAAGGAAGGCUACAUUCCUGAGCUCUUUGGGCGCAUCGGCAGCGGCACCGCCGUUGAUCAACAUGAAUCCCUAACCACCAUGCGCACUCGCUCGUGGUUCACCAAGAAGCUUGUCCGUAUUGUUGCUGAUGAAGAUACCGGUCUUUUCUACACGCCUAUCCCCGCGCUCAUGCUUAACUGCGCUCUUACGACCGCUUACGUAUGCGUGGGCGAGUUUGGUACACUCGUCACCUUCUACGGAGUGGCUGGCUAUACGUUUUACUUUUUGACGGUGCUGGGUCUGAUCGUGCUCCGGGUUAAGGAACCUAAUCUCGAGAGGCCGUACAAGACGUGGAUCACCACACCUAUUAUCUUCUGCUGUGUGAGUCUGUUCCUGCUGAGCAGGGCGGUCUUUGCCCAGCCGCUGCAGACCUUGUUGGUUGUGGCUUUUGUGGUGGUGGGCGUACCGGUGUACUAUUGGCGGAGGUAUGUGAACGGACGCAGCGCUGUUAAGAGAGAAGUGGGUGGGAUGAGGGAGGUGAGGGAAGAGAGACCCUGGUGGAAGUUUUGGCAGACAAGGUAAUGAAGAUCUGCUGGUGGUGGGUUGGUUAGCCGACACUGCCUCUUGGAUAGUGAUGAAGGUUGUUUAUGAACAAGAAGCUUUGUCACCUGGCAAGGGAACUUUCUUGCUGAAUAACCUGAUGACCGAAAGGAUGAAUAGAAUGUCUAGAUACCCGGUACUUGGUACCGCACAACGAACCUGGCUUGAACUUUUCG